AUGAUGGAGUAGGUGGAAAACGUUCUUUUCAACUCGCCUCCCGACGGUUUUGCGCCGGAACUGGGCGAGGAUGUGAGGUCGAACGACUCGGUGGACUCGCGCUUGGACCCUGGCUCAGCGUCGGCAGCCGACGAGAACGCAAGAUCGUGUUUUUUGAACUCCAUGUCUUGGUGUUCAAACUCCAUUUUUAGUGAGUAUGGAGCGAUGGCCAAGCUGUAGUUGAAAGGAAAUAAAUAAGCUGUAGUCUAAACGAGAGCCACUGAUUGCAGGUUGAAAAACCACAAUAGGAUAUGCGAGAUUUAUAUAUUAUCGCUUCUCCACGAAACAAAGAUUAUGUAGGUCGAUAGCUCGACCGUUGGGCCCAGCAUGUGAUAGUGGCCAGCGACGGUGGGGAGGCACGUGAUAUGGCUCUAUGGCUGGAUGCCUCCGCACGCGCGAGGCCGCCUCGGGGGUAGAGGUCCGGGGGGGGGGGGGCGGGCGCCGCACGCUCUGGGUGGCCUGGACGCGGCUUCCUAUUGGGCGAUCUGGGGAAGGCCGCAGGGAGGGAGGGGAUGCAACGUUGCACCAUGUGGGGGAGGCUUAUUUGGCUUCCGGUGGCCCAGCAGAGUGGGGACAGGCGGAGGAACGCAGGGCCGGGGCACCGAUGCAACGUUGCAUCGGGAGGGAGGGAAAUCCGCACCACGGGGCCCGACAGUCACGUGAUCUCCUGCUCUCAACCAGGGCCCCACGGUUGCUACGGCGGUUCCCGGAGCUGCCGCCAGGCGUAUCUCCGGCACCCUGCUAUCUCCCUUCCCUUCCCUGUGCAUCCUCCGCCUCAUCACUAGCCAGUUGCCCCCACCAGUGCAGUUCUUCCGCUCAGUCUGCCUGUAUACAGCCCCAGCCUGUCAACCCAGAACCCCCGGGUCUCCUAAGCCCUCUCCCGUCACAAGUCAGGCUUCCCCCAGGAUCCACUUCCCCCGAGAUUCGUUCCUAUCUGUCUGCCCAUCUGUCUUCCCUUCUUUCUUUCUAUAAGUUGUGUCUGUCUGCCCUCCACCGCUCUCCAGAUUAUUAGUGUCGCAUCCAUUUUUUCCUUGACUCCUCCCAGCCAAAAUCUCAAUCUCGCACCAGCACUGAAAGAGAUUCUCCACUAAUAGAUUCUUCUCUUAGACAAAUCCACCCAUCGCCACCACCAUCCAUCCUUCUGUCACGACGGCACGACUCGCACACCCACCACCGAAUCCC